AUCCAAACAGGCAAAACUUUACCGAUACAAACAAUGAAGUGAAAGCUGUAGUAGUGUUAGUACUGUACUGUUGGCUUAAUUUAAAGAACAGAAGAGGAGACUAGGCGUUUCCCGGCUUCCCCCAUUUUGCUGCUGCCUCCAUUAUUAGGUUCUUCCAGGUCUCUCUCUCUCUCUCUUCAGGGAUCACACAACUCUCUUUACGUAAAACGUUCUCGAAAAAUAGGUGAAAUGAGACAGUAUAGGUUGGAUGUCAAAGUUGCUUGGUAAACAGUCAUGUAUCUCAGGGUGGAAUUAUCGUGGAACGUAGUGGUGUCUGCUGAGCAGCUGCAUGGUGAAGGGCUGCUUCUCCAAAGAGCUAUAAUCUUGCAAUUGAUGGAGGACUUCUCAAACCGCAAAGCGAACUCGGACUACGGGUAUUUUGUGGCUCCUACUGCCUUGGAACGCAUAGGGGACGGAAAGGUCAGGCAGGAUUCAGGCGACGUUCUCUUCCCUGUUGUUUUCAAAUGUAUCACCUUCAAACCGUUCAAGGGAGAGAUCCUGUGUGGUGUGGUGAACAAGAUCAUGAAGCAGGGGGUUUUCCUAAGCUGUGGUCCCAUUGAAAAGGUUUUUCUUGCAGCUAUCAAGAUGGGAGAUUACCAUCACUUCCCCGGUGAGAAUCCAGUUUUCCAGAAUGACAAGGACUCCAAGAUAGAGAAGGAUGUGCAGGUUCGCUUCAAGGUCCUCGGAACGAAGUGGAUUGAAACGGAUAGGGAAUUUCAGAUCUUGGGAAGCUUGGAAGGUGAUUAUCUGGGACCUAUCUACAAGGGUGAAAUCUAAUUUUGAAUGUGCUCACAUUCCCCCUCCAUGAAAGAUGUGUAUAUCUUUUUUUUUUUCCAUUUUGUGUUUGGAGGGGCGGGUAAAAGAAUAGGACUACAGGUUUGGUUUAUCACUAGCACGGACGGAUGGACAGAUGGUUAGGUCUUAAGUAAAUGGGGUAGAAAAAGCUACAAUUAGGAGGCUCAGAAAGUAUCACAGUAGAUGGUAUAACAAUGCAAGUCGCAUCUUUAUAUUUUGGAAGAAAACUAUGCGAGCGUGCAAACUAUCUGUUAUCAUUGACUUCCAGAUUAUCACUUGUUGAGAUUAAUUAGAAGUAUGCCUGCUUUAUUUGGAAA